UCAUUUUUACUGGUAAGCUAAGCUCCAAACGCUAACCAAAACGUUCGACUAGUCUCUGCCCUGCCUUCUCAAUAUUAUUUUAUCAACACCAAAAGCCGAAUUUUCGCGAGAAAAUUUAACAAACCCGUUUCUCGAAAACCUUAAAAUGGCUCUAAGAAUCCAUCUUUUGCCUCCAAACACCUUUUCGAAACCCCAAAAACUCCAGCCCCAUCUCCCCCGACCCAAAACCCAGAUCCAGUGCACCAAUAACAACUUCGGCGAUGCAGAGCUGGCAUCAAAACUGGCAAAGAUAAACACCCAUUUGGUGCAAAAAGAAGAAGCCAUGAAGAAGAGCAAAGAACUGCUGUUCGCCGAGUUUUGCCAAUACUGGGGUCUUGAAGAGGAGGAUGCGAAGAAGAAAUGGAGGAAAACUAAUGAAGAAGAGAAGUGGGAAUUGGUUAAAGUGUUUGUUAAUGAAUGGAGUGUGAAUUUUCAUCCAUUGUCUGCAAAGUCUGUCAAGGAAAUGAUCCAAGAGUAUUUGCAUCAAUUUGAAGAGAAGAAGACAGUUUCCAGUUCUGAUAAUGUUUUUAAGAGAAUUUUAGGGUUUUCAGAAGAAAAGUAGAUUGUAUAAGGAAUUGAAAAUUUUAUUUAUGGUGGUUUAUCUGGUUCUUAUUUCAAUGGAAAAAUUCCAAUUCCAUCACUGUA